UUUUGGCUUUUUUUUUUAUAUUAACCGGAGGAGCCCUAAACUCAGUUUGUCUUCAGUUGUGAUAUUCUUAAGAAAGCUUGAAAAUAGCAAAGCUGGGAGGUAAAAAAUGAGAAUUUUUAUAGUGACGCUUUUGUUUAAAAUAGCUCUUUCGCUACUUCCUUUGAUACUCGGCGAGAAACGGACCCCCAUUCCCGAAGAAAACCUCCUUGUCCUGACUGUGGCCACAAAAGAGACGGAUGGCUUCAAGAGAUUUCUGAAUUCUGCUCAACACUUUCAUUACACUGUCAAGGUUCUUGGGAGAGGAGAGAAAUGGAGAGGUGGCAACUACAUGUCAGCUCCAGGAGGUGGUCAAAAAGUGCGUCUCCUCAAAUCAGCACUGGCAGAAAUUCAGGAUGAAGACAAAGUGAUCCUGUUCAUAGACAGCUAUGAUGUGGUCUUUGCCUCGGGUCCUAAAGAGCUUCUUAAGAAAUUCCAGCAGGCCAAACACAGGGUGGUGUUCUCUGCUGAGACCCUCAUUUGGCCAGACCGACACUUAGAGGACAAGCACCCUCAUUUCCGAGAGGGCAAAAGGUUCCUUGGAGCAGGAGGCUUCAUUGGCUAUGCUUCUAACCUCAAAGAGAUGGUCUCAGAGUGGGCAGGACAAGACAGCGACAGUGAUCAACUUUUUUAUACCAAGAUAUACAUCAACCCAGAGAAACGGAAAUCUGUCAACAUAACUUUAGACAACAAGUGCAGAUUGUUCCAGAAUCUUCAUGGAUCACUAGAUGAAGUUGUUUUGAAGUUUGAGGAUGGCCAAGUUCGUGCCAGAAACGUGCUGUAUGACACGCUUCCUGUCAUUGUCCAUGGUAACGGGCCUACUAAGCUCCAAAUUAAUUAUCUCGGGAAUUACAUUCCCAGUGUGUGGACAUUUGAGACUGGUUGUACAGUUUGUAAUGAAGAUUUGCGCCCACUCUCAGGACUCAAGGAGAGUGAAUAUCCUCUAGUGGUGAUUGGCACUUUUAUCCAGCAGCCCACGCCUUUUGUCACUGUGUUCUUUGAACGUCUACUGAAACUCAAGUACCCUAAGAGCAGACUCAAGCUUUUUAUUUACAAUCAGGAAGAGCACCAUGAGAAGGAUGUCCGGUCUUUCCUAGAGCAUCAUGAGAAAGAGUAUGAGGCCGUGAAGCUAAUAGGUCCACAUGAGGGUAUAGACGCUGUGACAUCACGCAAUUUAGGAUUUGAUAUGUGUCGACAGGACACUGACUGUGAGUACUUCUUCAGCGUGGACAUUGAUGUAGUUCUAAAGAAUGAAGAUGUUCUGAGGAUCCUUAUUGAGCAAAACAAGAACUUCAUAGCACCUAUGAUGACUCGGCCGGGCAGACUGUGGACAAAUUUCUGGGGAGCGCUCAGUGCAGAUGGCUACUAUGCCAGGUCGGAGGAUUAUGUUGACAUUGUUCAGGGACGCAGAGUUGGGCUGUGGAAUGUUCCGUAUAUAUCUCAUGUGUACCUGGUGAGGUCCAGUGUCCUGAAGGACGACCUCAGUGCUACUGACCUCUUCUCGUAUGAAACUCUGGAUCCAGACAUGGCCUUCUGCGCUAAUGUUCGAAACAAGGGAAUCUUUAUGUUUGUAUCGAAUAUGUUCAAGUUUGGACGAGUCCUGUCCACAGAAAACUACCAGACAAACCACUUGCACAAUGAUCUCUGGCAGAUCUUCGAAAACCCUGUGGAUUGGCAAGAAAGAUAUAUCCACGAGAACUACUCACGGAUAAUGAAAGAUAAACUAAUAGAGAAUCCUUGCCCAGAUGUAUACUGGUUCCCUAUUUUCACUGAUGUUGCUUGUAAUCACCUUAUUGAAGAAAUGGAACAUUUUGGCAAGUGGUCCGGUGGUGGAAAUGUAGACAAAAGGAUCCAAGGUGGCUACGAAAAUGUUCCUACAGUUGACAUUCACAUGAACCAGGUGUCUUAUGAAAAGGAGUGGCAUAAAUUCCUUUUGGAGUAUGUAGCUCCCAUCACCGAGAAGAUGUAUCCAGGCUAUUACACCAAGGCUCAGUUUGAUUUGGCAUUCGUUGUCCGGUAUAAACCGGAUGAACAGCCGUCAUUAAGGCCACAUCAUGAUGCCUCCACUUUUACCAUAAACAUCGCACUCAAUCAAGUUGGAGUUGACUAUGAGGGUGGAGGCUGCAGUUUCCUGAGGUACAAUUGCUCCAUCAGAGCUCCACGCAAAGGCUGGGCCCUCAUGCACCCAGGCCGUCUCACCCACUACCACGAAGGCCUACCCACCACCAGUGGAACAAGAUACAUCGCUGUCUCAUUCGUUGAUCCCUGAACACUUAACUCUCUGACAGUUGGUUGACAGAGAAACCCUGCAUUCUGUGUAUUCUGACAAGUUAUAAAAAGACAAUCAGUAGGACAUUUUCCUGAAGAAUAACACGGCUUUAGAGAGACAAAGCCCAAAGUUGUCAUGUGAAUUUGUUAAUGGAACUGUUGAUUUUUUUUCAUAGUAGAGGCAUCGCCUCUGGUGUGUGUGACGGUUGUGAACUCAGGCAUACCAUGAAAAGCAAUACACAGUGUUUAGUUCAAUACUCAGUGUUUAGUUCUUACACAAAUACAUUUUGAAGAAUCUGUCUUAUUUAUUAAUUGCGAUUUUUCUAAACUUUCCUAAGACAUCUUGUCAUUUUUUGAAACAUGGCAAAUCUGAAUAUCAAAAAACAUGUACAAACUUUCUUUGUUUCAGUUUGUAUUGGUUACCAAGUCAGCUUUGUUGUUUUUCAUGUUUUUCUUCUAACCGUCAAGGUGCUAACUGUAAAAUUUGUAAGAUGUAAGAUAUUUUUGCUCAGGAUGGUCUUCAUAAGAAUAGUGUAAGUCAGUAAAUGCCUUGAGUCACUGGCUGGGAUCAGAGUAGAAUAGACGUACGGUAAAUUUGUGUCCUUCUGGUUUCAGAUUUGCCAGAGUAAUGUCAAUGACUGAAUGCUUUUACUUGAAUAGAAUAGGCUGUCUGUGCCUUUCUUAUUAUUUGAUUUCAAGCAAUAUGACAGUAUGUUUAAUGAA